GUAACACACUCAGCCCUCCAGGUUCGGGAAAGGGAAAGAACGCGGCAGGGAAAGGAUUCCUUUCCCGGUAGGGUCCGUGGGGAAAGGCCGCAGUCCUUGUGUCCUUCCUUUUGACCAAGGUGUCUCUGUUGCUCCAUAAAUAAAACGUCUCACCGACUUCUGUCUGUGCUAUAAAGGCUGCGGAGCGGCUGUCCCCGGGCAUUCCGGGCGGAGCGCAGGAGCGAACAGGUCAUGGCAGCGCCGGGCAGCAGAUCGGAUCCGCCGCAGCUACCAGAGUACAGCUGCAGCUACGUGGUGUCGCGGCCGGUCUACAACGAGCUCGCCUUCCAGCAACAGCACGAGCGGCGCCUGCAGGAGCGCAGGACUCUGCGGGAGAGCCUGGCCAAGAGCUGCAGUUGUUCAAGAAAGAGAGCUUUUGGUGUGCUAAAGUCUCUCUUGCCCAUCUUGGACUGGCUCCCCAAAUACCGAAUCAAGGAAUGGCUGCUCAGUGAUAUCAUUUCAGGAGUUAGUACUGGACUUGUGGGUACACUGCAAGGAAUGGCAUAUGCUCUGCUGGCUGCAGUUCCCAUUGGAUAUGGCCUCUACUCUGCUUUUUUUCCUAUCCUGACAUACUUCAUCUUUGGAACAUCAAGACACAUUUCAGUUGGACCUUUCCCUGUGGUCAGUUUAAUGGUGGGAUCUGUUGUUCUAAGUAUGGCCCCCGAUGAACAAUUUCUCAUGUCCAGCAAUAAUGGAAGUACCUUGAAUACUACCAUGCUAGAUACAACAGCCAGAGAUACUGCAAGAGUAAUGAUUGCAAGCACCCUUACCCUUUUGGUUGGAAUCAUACAGCUGGUAUUUGGAGGUUUGCAGAUUGGAUUCAUAGUGAGGUACUUGGCAGAUCCAUUGGUUGGAGGAUUUACAACAGCUGCUGCCUUCCAGGUACUGGUCUCGCAGCUAAAGAUUGUCCUCAACGUUUCAACCCAAAACUAUAACGGAGUUCUCUCCAUUAUCUAUACUCUGGUAGAGAUUUUUCAAAAUAUUGGUGAUACAAAUCUUGCUGAUUUCAUUGCUGGAUUACUCACCAUUGUCAUCUGUAUGGCAGUUAAGGAAUUAAAUGAUCGAUUUAAACACAAAAUCCCAGUUCCUAUUCCUAUAGAGGUAAUUGUGACCAUAAUUGCCACUGCCAUUUCAUAUGGAGCCAACUUAGAAAAAAAUUACAAUGCUGGUAUUGUUAAAUCCAUCCCAAGGGGGUUUCUGCCUCCUGCACUCCCCCCGGUGAACUUGUUUUCCAAGAUGCUGACUGCAUCAUUUUCCAUCGCUGUGGUGGCUUAUGCUAUUGCGGUAUCUGUAGGAAAAGUCUAUGCCAUCAAGCACGACUAUACCAUCGAUGGGAACCAGGAAUUCAUUGCCUUUGGGAUCAGCAACAUCUUCUCAGGAUUCUUCUCUUGUUUUGUGGCCACCACUGCCUUGUCCCGGACAGCUGUCCAAGAGAGCACUGGGGGAAAGACACAGAUUGCUGGCAUCAUCUCUGCUGGGAUUGUGAUGAUCGCCAUUGUUGCCCUGGGGAAGCUUCUGGAACCCUUGCAGAAGUCAGUCCUGGCAGCUGUUGUAAUUGCCAACCUGAAAGGGAUGUUUAUGCAGGUGUGUGAUGUUCCUCGUUUGUGGAGGCAGAAUAAGACUGAUGCUGUUAUCUGGGUAUUUACAUGCAUCAUGUCCAUCAUUCUGGGGUUGGACCUGGGCUUACUAGCUGGCCUUCUAUUUGGACUAUUGACCGUGGUCCUGCGAGUUCAAUUUCCUUCAUGGAAUGGCCUUGGAAGCAUCCCUAGUACAGACAUCUACAAAAGUAUCAAGCAUUACAAAAAUGUUGAAGAACUUGAAGGAGUGAAGAUUCUUAGAUUUUCGAGUCCUAUUUUUUAUGGCAACGUCGAUGGUUUUAAAAAAUGUAUCAAGUCUACAGUUGGAUUUGAUGCCAUUAGAGUAUAUAAUAAGAGGCUGAAGGCAUUGAGGAGAAUACAGAAACUCAUCAAAAAAGGACAGUUAAGGGCAACAAAGAAUGGCAUUGUUAGUGAUGUUGGUUCAUCAAAUAAUGCUUUCGAGCCUGAUGAAGAUAUUGAAGAUCCUGAAGAACUUGAUAUCCCAACCAAGGAAAUUGAGGUUCAAGUGGAUUGGAACUCUGAGCUUCCAGUCAAAGUGAAUGUUCCCAAGGUACCAAUCCAUAGCCUUGUGCUUGAUUGUGGAGCUAUAUCUUUCCUGGAUGUCGUUGGAGUGAGGUCAUUGCGGCUGAUUGUCAAAGAAUUCCAAAGAAUUGAUGUGAAUGUGUACUUUGCAUCACUUGAAGAUCAUGUGAUAGAGAAGAUGGAGCAAUGUGGCUUCUUUGAUGAUAAUAUUAGAAAGGACACAUUCUUUCUGACUGUUCAUGAUGCUAUAAUCUAUAUACAGAACCAGGUUAAAUCCCAAGAUGGACAAGAUUCCAUUUUAGAAACGGUAAGUAUUUAAUCUUUCUGCAUCUGUAUCUUUCCUAAACUA